UGGCUUCAGGGCUUAUUACGAGGUACAUCUGAUAAAUGAUAUGCAGUUGUACAGCAGAGCAGACUAGUUUGUUACUAAAAUUCAGUCUUCAUGGCACGUCUUCUGAGUCGUUUUUCUGCAGUUGUUUUGAGGAGCCUUUCUCCACAAAUAGGUUAUGGGAGCAGCAAGUUGACAAGAUGCAUAUAUACAAAUAAGGGUUUACUGUCACUGACAAGGUACGACGAAACAGCUGUAUCAACAGACUGGCAAAAAAAAUUGACUCCAGAGCAGUAUUUUGUAACUCGGGAAAAGGGAACUGAAAUUCCUUUUAGUGGAAUUUAUCUGAAUAACACAGAGCAUGGCAUGUACCACUGUGUUUGCUGUAGUGCACCACUUUUCAGCUCCGAAACUAAAUACAACUCUGGCACUGGUUGGCCUUCUUUUUAUGAAGCAUAUCAUACCAAUGACAAUGAUGAAAGUAAUAGCAACAUCCUGAGAAGGCCAGAUGUUUCUUUGGGAACUACUGGUACAGAAGUAAUCUGCAAAAAGUGUGAUGCUCACUUAGGUCACGUGUUUGAUGAUGGUCCAGAACCAACAGGACAAAGAUUCUGCAUCAACAGUGUCGCACUGACCUUCAAACCAAGCUCAAGCAAAUAGCUAAACCUCAAAAUGCUGAAUGCAUUUGAAUCAUGGAAUAAAGAAAUGUGCCAAAAGAGGCUUUGGUACACUUGUAUUACAAAUUUUUCUUCCAUAAGUAAACAAUGAGGAAUACUAUUAAUGUGAACAAGAUUCUCAAGUUCAGAACUGUGCCUGUCUGGUCCUGUUUCGCAGAGUGCAUGUUUCUCUUUUCUCUGUUAAAUAUUCUACUGCAUGCUAGCUACUUGUUUAUCCUUAAAUUAUUUUAUUGUGGCUUAAUGACAGAAUACUGGCAGGAUCAUAUAGCAGGAGUUCUGUUUUAGAGGUGCACGCUGUGCUGGUGGCACUCACAGUCAUGUCCUCCAGCUCUUUGUGUGGAGAAAACCUUGCACUGAGCAAGCAUUUUCAUGUAUAAAGAUGUUUUCAGGUUCACUGCAUUGAUAAGUCUGAAUUCUACUCUUACUGGCACCAGCAAAUUCAGUAUCACCUGAUUUCAAAUAGUAAAAGAUCACACUUGGUAUUCAAAAAGGUAAUAUUCCAUUCUGUGGAAAGGAUGCAUUGACAACUUACAUUCCUAUACCAGAAUGAUAAAUGUUUGAACAGCCAGGAAUGGUAGAUUUUGCCAAAUAUCCAUUUGUUUGCCUUUUGAUAAAACAAGACCAUUCAUAAAUAUCUGAGUGAUUAGUAUUAGUCUGUACUGUAUUUCAUUUCUAGCUUUUCUUCAUAUCACCACUGUCUUUU